GCACCUAGAUUAACGGGAUGGUCACUUCUGUUUCUCUAAAACCGAAAGAGAAAUGUAUCUUUCAAAUUGGACAAAUGCAAGCAAAUGACCAUCACUUUUAGUUGAUGCUCUCGAAUGUACCAUACGCAUAAUAUGGCGAUGCUGCAUCAAUUUCUCUAGCUGUUAAGGGUAUUCGCGUCGUUACCCACGUCUUUCUUAAAACUCCUCCUCCUUUCUUCUUUCUGGGUUUGUUUCUCUUCUGCGUUGGGAUUGGGAGAUGGCUUCAUGUGUCUCUGCUGCUGCUGAUCGACAAACUCUUCCUCCUUCUCCAUGGCAGUUCAGCUGUGAUUUGGAAGUCAAUUAUGGGUCUGGUGAGAAUGCUUUCAUAGUAUGUGCAGCAAUAACUGUUGAUGCGGAGCUGCAACCUGACAAAGUGAGAAGGGUGAUGACUGUGACAGAUGGAAAACUUUCAGUACAUUUUGAGGCAGUUGAAGCAAGGUUUCUGCGAGCAUCAUACAGUUCAUUUGUUGACGUUCUUACACUUGCAACGAAGACUAUUGAAGAAUUUGGGCCAGGGAUGCAGUUGUGACAGUAGUGAAAUAAAACUGUUGAAUGUUUUCCUUCAAAGCUGCAAAGCUAAUUGUCCAUGACUUAUGUUUGAACUAUGUAAUUUUGUAGCAGUAACUUUCUGAUGUUUCUGCUAGUUAACAGAUUUUAUAAGAGUUGCUCAAGUUGGUUAAUAUCAUUAGAACUUCUUCAGUUCCUCAAUUGUGUACAACUCAAUUUUUCUUUAUGUUAGCAGUUAUCCUGAUUUGAAU